AUGUCUGCUCCUGCUUCUUUCUCUGACAUCGCCAAGGCGGCCAACGAUCUCCUUAACAAGGAUUUCUACCACACCAGCGCUGCCAGCCUUGAGGUCAAGUCUAAGGCUCCCAAUGGCGUCACCUUCAACGUGAAGGGCAAGAACGCCCACGAGGGUCCCAUCGCUGGCUCCCUCGAGGCCAAGUAUGUCGACAAGCCUACUGGUAAAGGCCCCAAAAGACGCAGACGUCCCAUACGCAAACCACCCAAUUCCAAUUGCCCAAUAUUGCGAGACGCUCGGUCCAUGUUUUCAUUUUCAUGCGGCCAAGCCUUGUCUCAGCAUCUCAAAAUCUUUCUUUCAUCCAGGAUUAGCCAUCAUGCAGUCUUGCUAAUAUUCUGUCCCCGCCCAGGCCUCACCCUCACCCAGGCAUGGACCACUGCCAACGCCCUCGACACCAAGCUCGAGCUCGACAACAACAUUGCCAACGGUCUCAAGGCCGAGAUCCUCACCCAGUACCAGCCUUCCAAGCAGUCCAAGGGUGCUAAGGUCAACCUUCACUUCAAGCAGCCCAACCUGCACGCCCGUGCCUUCUUCGACCUCCUGAACGGCCCCUCCGCCAACUUCGACGCUGUUCUUGGCCACGAGGGCUUCCUCGUUGGUGCUGAGGGUGGCUACGACGUCCAGAAGGCUGCCAUCACCAAGUACUCCGCUGCCAUUGGCUACAGCGUUCCCCAGUACACCGCUGCCAUCACCGCUAGCAACAACCUGUCCGUCUUCGCUGCCAGCUACUACCACCGCGUCAACGCUCAGGUUGAGGCUGGUGCUAAGGCUACCUGGGACUCCAAGACCGGCAACUCCGUCGGCCUUGAGGUUGCCAGCAAGUACAGACUCGACCCCUCUUCCUUCGCUAAGGCCAAGAUCAACGACCGUGGUGUCGCCGCUCUGGCUUACAACGUUCUGCUCCGCCCUGGUGUCACCCUUGGCCUUGGUGCUUCCUUCGAUACCCAGAACCUGAACCAGGCUGCCCACAAGGUCGGUGCCAGCUUCACCUUCGAGGCUUAA